ACCUGCCCGGCGGAUAACCAAUCGCAUGCCGCCACUCAGCGAUCGACCGGAACGCCGACCAAUCACGUGCAGAAAGCCUCCACUCAGCCAAUGGAGUGGGAGCGGGGGGGGAGGUGGGUUUGAGGAAAUUAAGUUCUGCCCCCCGAGUGAGCUGCGCAGCCUCCGGCCCGAGGGCGGAGACAACGAGUCGAAGAAGAGGAGACAUUCACAAUUUGGAAAAUGAAGUUUGUUUUAGGAAUUCAUCCUAAUGCCCUGGCAUAUUCCAUGACCACACUAGGCGCUGGAAUGAUGAACAGUAUCUUUAAUUUCUACUAUGUUAAGGUUUUCUUAAACCAAUACAAGAUUUCAGAAACAGCAUUUCAUCAAGCACAGGUAGUUUUUAUGAUCUGGAAUGCCAUUAAUGACCCUCUCUUUGGGUAUAUUCAAGACAACUCCAAAGUCCCAUGCUGCUCAAGACGUCAGUUUUCAAUUUUAUAUGGAGCACCAUUGUAUGGUUUAGCUUUUCUGCUUCCCUGGUUUCCUUGGAAACAUUAUCAGGAAGGUGACUGGCUUAAUGGUCUUCACCUUAUUGUUGCUUUAUGUGCUUUUGAUGGCUUGCUUACAUUUGUGUUGCUAGCACAAUGUGCGCUCUUUGCAGAGAUUUCAACUAGACAUGAAAGUAGACUUCAGCUUAUUAAAUAUAACCAAGUGGCAACAUUAGUUGGAUCAACCAGCAUUCUUUUUUGUGGUCUAAUAUCAGAUAAUAUGGAAAAUUUUGCCUAUUUUCAAACCUUUACCGUUUUGGUUGCAGCACUAGCAACUGCUUGUAUGUGUUACACUGGCAUAUAUAGCACUAGUCAGUAUGAACAGAGAGAAACUCCCGUGGAGAACACUAGCUUAGAAAAUAAUGAUAAAGCUCUCUCCUGGUCCUCUGUAAUUUCAUUGACCAAACAGAUAAUGACACAGAAAAACUUUAUACUUUUUGUGACCAUGAACUUCUUUCAAGUCUUCCACCUAGCCUUCUGCAACAAUUUCAUGAUGAUCUUUGCGGAUAAUCUCAUCCCUAAGGAUGUCCUUUCCUCUUUUAUAAGAAGCAUCAUGUAUGGGGCUGGCUUUAUUUGUCCUCAGUGCCUUGUGCUUCUCAGUCAUACUUUGCUGAAGAAGUUUGGAUAUUACAGGAUCAUCUUGUUUUCCUUUUACUUAGAAGGAAUAGCUGCCGCUGUCAUGUUUGUUCUAGGACCAGAACACUACUACCUGCUGGCUGUUUAUCUCACAACAAACAUGGUAAUUGUUCAAGCGUCAUUCAGUUUGUUUAAUCUGCCCUUGGCAGAUAUUGUUGAUGCAGACUUAAUAAAACACAAACGGAGAUCACCACUUUCCUCCAUGGUUUUUGGUACCAAUGCUUUAUUUACUAAGCCAGCCCAGUCUUUGGCUCCUAUGCUUGUGGUUACAAUACUAAAUCAAUUUGGAUAUGAGAACCUGAAUAAUAAAUUUUCUCAGCCUGAUCCAAGUGCAAUUGUAUUUAAACCAAACCAAGAUAUCAUCAGUACAAAGGCAAGGUAGGACUUGGCACAAUCUUUUUCUUUCCUUUAGAAAAAGGUAAAAUACUUGUUAAAGGUUGACAUUCUUAAUACUGAAAAUUGCAGUCCUCUUUAAUAUACAGAAAGGUAAAAUGCAGGCAAAAGCUGUGUAGCUUCACUAUAGCACCCUGCCAAAUUUGCCUUAGCCCCUUCCUGAAGGAACUUUAUAUAGGUAAAUAGUUUACCAAUUCAGUUCUUGGAUUCUCUGCUGGAACUGCCAACAAGAGGGCUAAUUAAUGCCAACCAUGGUGGUAGUUUUUGUGAUGCAUAUACUUGUUUACUUGGAAAUGGAAAGCACCAUUGAACCCAGGCCAGUAAAUAACUAUCAGAUGCUAAAUUGUGAUCGCUAACAGUAAAUACUGAAUAUGAACCAUUGACCUACCUGUGAAAAGUCCCAUCUCCUGUAACCAGUUGUCUAAGCAGUUAAGUAAUUCCCUUAGUACUACUUUAAUUUUUAAGCUUGUGCCUUGUCUUUGUCACUUGGUAUUAACAUGUGCACAAUUUAUUUAAAACAAUUGUUUAACUUGGAAUAAACUGUGAUUGUAUUGUGUCAUACAUUUAGGACCAAAUCCUGGUUCCAUUGAAGUCAAUGAGGCCUGGAUUCGGCCUUUUUUGAUUGACUCAUAGGGUUUAAUCCAAAGCCAGGUGAAGUUAAUGGGAGUUUUUCCACUGACUUCAAUCAGCUACGGAUGAGUCCCGUAGUAGUCAACUUUCACAACCAUUCUGUUAGUCUCCCAUCUCAUCUCACAGUGCUAAGGAAAAAUAGAAAAUAACAUACUCUUCUUCUUGGAGACUGAAGAAUUUUUUCAGAGACUGUCUCACCUUGAGUUCAGUUUCUUGAUAUUUCUUAAUUAGAAUCCAAUAAUUAACAGAUUGCCAGUGGAUAAUUAUCACAGCUGCUAGACAAAUGCCUGGAUGUGUUUCAAGCUGUCAGAAACCAGCCUGUUCAUAAAGCAGUUAUUUUAAUUAUAUAUUAUAAUUUGUAAUACAUAGUUGUUGAUCUGCCUCUUUAUGUAUUACUCCUUAAGAGAGCUUUAGAUUAGGAAGUAUCUUUGCACGUAUAAGGAUGCAGAAGCCAGAAUCUCAAUGUAACUUUAACAUGUAAUAUAUAUGGAUGGUUUAAUUCUUUAUUUUCCCCUAAAAAAUAAUAAAACUGAAUUAAUCUUAAUAUUUUGGUAAAUGCAUUGAGUUCCAUGCAUUAAUCAUGACCUGUUCAUAGCAUUUACCAGCCAUAAGUAAAUUAUACAUAGUUAAUGUCUCAGAUUUUUAACUUUUAAAAAUACCAAUAUGUCCAUAUUAUAUUUUUCACUUUCUCCCAUUCUUUUAUUCAUUCCCUUUAAAAAAAUCUUUAAUCAUACAAAACUUUAUAGGAGUUCCUGCUCUGUAAGGUGAUAUUGUUUUAUACUAAUUUUUAUAUUACCUACCACCGUUGUGUAAUAGAGUACUUAACGGGUCUGUUAGCUUGUCUAUAGCAUAUUAAUAUGCACCCUACUUACCUAACUCAGCUCAUUUAUUAAUAGCUUAUUUUCUACAGACUACCUCGUGUUGGGGGAGCAGGGGGCAUAAAUAAGUUUAAGGGAAUGAUAGAGCCGUACAUACAUUCAACUCUAUUUUCUGAUUCUAUUUGGCAAUAGCUUUUAUGUUUCUGAAUAGUGAGAAACCAUAUUCCCACUGUGACGCUGGGGAUACAAAAACAUUGGGUUAUUUUCAUCCACAGUUUGUAUUUAUAUGCUACUUUUAAUAAAGAUUGUUUAAUCAGAAUCAAACAAGCUGAAUAUCUAUACAUUGAGCUUUUGGUAAAAUACAGAAAAACAUGGGGAUUUUUAUUCCUUACUCACAAGAAUCCAUAUGGUUAUUUUCAUGUUUUUUCUUCCAAAGUAAAUCUGCUAUUUACUUCCUUUUAAAAUUGACUGUGCUGAAUAAUCAGAACUAUUGUUUUAAUCUAUUAAGAAUUGACUAAAGGGGGUGAAAACUGCAUCUUGGGAAAACUGACAUUUUUACCUUCUUUUCCAGUUUGUUUUUAGGUCUUCAUGAUGCUAUGUUCUAUUUGAUCUGUCUGGUUCCACUUUGCAUUGCAGUUAUACAGAUUCUGACGUGGACUCCCUUCUCCAUACAGAACAGUCAUAUGACAGGCAUACAUUGAAUCUUCAACACUUA